AUGGCAUCCUUCGUUGAGGACCUGUGGUCCAGCAUCUUCACUCCCGGGCCAACCUCGACCCUUCUGGUCGCAACCAACGCCACAUUUGCCGCUCUUCAGGUGCUGCUCUUCGCCCUUCUCAUCGCGACCUACAGCAUCCACUUCGUUAUCCUGUCCUUUCUCUCCGGUUCCCUUUGGUGGUCCAUUAACUGGUUUGCAAGGGAGGUCCGUGAGACGCAGGCGCGUGAGGACGAAAAAGCAAAACAACGGGAGGGCAAGUCAAAGUCUGAGGAGACACGGACACCUGCGGCGCUGGACAGCACCGAAAGUGACACGGAAACUGAGAGUCUUGCUGGCAGCAGACGGCUUAAGGCUUCUGGUCAAGUCGAUUCGAGUGGUUCCGCCGCUGAAAAGCCAGAACCUUCUGAAGAUCAAGAGCUCAGGAAGCGUCGCAGCCUCGGAGAGAGUUCUGGAUAUGUCAGUACGGACAGUGAAUGGGAAAAGGUCGAUGACAAAAAUCGUGUCUUCGACUCGGUCUUUUCUCCCGCGUCGCUAGACCACGCCACGGCUCCUCACCUCACCACUCCGCUGCUAAGUUUACUUGUUGCAGAUCAAUCAUUCGACUCUGCGACUGAGAUUGCCAGUCCGUCUCAAGACUACCGCUUAUCUUCCCGAGAUGAGGCUGCUUGGGAUAGAGCAUGGAAUGCAGCUACUGCAUUUCUGUCUGUUCCGGACAGGGGAUUUGCAAGUCUAGAGGCUUCAGAUGAGAUGGACGAAACUGAGUUUCUGAAGCAGUGGAACAGAUAUGAUCCGCCAUCGAAACAGACUUCGGAAGCUCUUGCUUAUCUAUUAAAGAAAUCACCGCUGAGAAAGGGCCCUCAAGCUGGAGCGGAAGAGCAUGAUUUGAUAGAAUGGUACGGAAAUGAAAUACGGAGGCAUUUCUUGGUGAAUUUUAGAGGGUCCCUUGUCCAGUUGUUAAAAGGGCCGGUGCAAGAGGGACUACUGCAUCAGAUUCUUCGUUACUGUCUCUUGAUGCGGAGGAUCUACUUCACCCAUCUCGUAGACUAUGUCUUGCCGCUGGUGGAUGCGUCCCAGCAAGAGGCUGUUUUUCUGAGGAUUCAGAGGAUCUUCCAUGCAAUUGUUGCGUUUUCUUUGCCUUCUGCUCCGAUCUCUUCGCUUCUGGCUGCGGAGUUGGCGAAGGAGGCCUACGUUAUUUUAGGGAUCGACACUGCAAGUGCAGACGACCUGGGUGAAGGAGACCUGGAUGAAGAAGACCAGGAUGCCAUGGAGCGAGACGACACGGAAGUCGAUAUAAAACACACGACUUCGUACCGUGCAUGGAGGAUGGAGGCUUCAGAGGAGGCUCGCGCUCAGAUGCUGAUAGAGGGCGAAACGGAGCAAGCUGCUGCUGCCCGGGAACGCCUGCUGCCCUUGCUCGCUGAUCUACAGACCGUGGGCUUAGGUGGUGAUAGAGCUCAAAAGGUCUUUGCGGGCGUUAUGAGCAACAUGAUGACAGAGUUUAUCAAGGAAGCCUACUCGGGCCAGUGGGAAGCACCGUCUCUGGUCAUACAACACCUGCGUCUGUGGGUGGAAAACGUCUACGCCCGGCUCGUGGUGGAGAUUCUUGCUAUCCUGAACGUGUCUGAUGGUCGUCCAAAACCACAGGGUCACCUUGACGUCCGUCUAGGCGACGUUGAGAAAUGGCAGGAGAUUGCUGUUGCUCGUCUGGGCGCUCUUCGGACAAGUGAACUGUUCGACGUCAUUGUGGAAUGGCCUACCAGCAGUGGCGCAAUUGAAGAUCUCAAACACUUUGCGGUCAGCCCUGCGUCGCGGUCUCAUAUAACAAACUCCUUCGUCGCCAUGCUUAAUCAGCGGUUGUUGCAACCAGGAGCCUCGACAGUCGAGAUUUUGCAGCUUUACAUCUCCAUAAUCAGAGCCUUCAACCUUCUCGAUCCAAGGGGGGUCAUCCUCGAUAGAGUUGCCCGCCCCAUCCGUCGAUACCUGCGGGACCGUGAAGAUGCCGUCAAGGUCAUUGUCAAUGGUCUUCUGGCAGAUCCAGUGGACGCUGAUGGGCAGCCGUCUGCUUCAAACAGUGAUACUCUGGCGGAGCUUGCUACCGAAUUAACCAAGGCACGAGAAGCGUCUCUCCGGCCCGAUAUGGGUGAAUUAGAUUGGGACGAUAUGAACUGGAUGCCUGAUCCGAUAGACGCUGCUCCUGACUACAAGAAAUCCAAGAAUUCAGAUGUUAUUGGCAGUUUGAUAAGUCUAUUCGAUUCGAAGGAGAUGUUUGUGAGGGAGUUGCAAAACAUGCUGGCCGACCGUCUGAUCAAGAAGCGUGCCGACUUUGAGCAGGAGACGUCAGUUUUGGAGCUGCUAAAGGUCCGCUUUGGCGACUCGGCGCUGCAGGCUUGCGAAGUCAUGCUGCGCGACAUAUUUGACUCGAAGAGAGUCGAUGCGGUCGUCCGGAACGACCAAAAACUGGCGCGCAGGCAGCCAUCACCACGCCAUGCCUCUCCUGGGAAGAAACCCGCGGUGGUUAAAGAUGUACCACAAUUACAUGCCAAGAUACUGUCUCGAUUUUUCUGGCCUAAUCUUCAGGAACAGGCUUUCAAGAUCCCAGACGAGAUUGUAUCUCUACAGGAACGUUACACCGCGGGCUUCGAGACUCUCAAGCAAUCCCGGAAGUUAACAUGGUUGAACGGGCUCGGUCAGGUCACAGUCGAACUCGACCUGGAGGAUCGGGUUUUUACAGAUGAGGUGACAACCUGGCAAGCAACUGUGAUAUAUGCAUUUCAGUCGGAAGAUGAGACCAAAUCGUCGACGAAGUCAGUUGCGGAACUCUCCCAGCAGCUCGAGAUGUCAGCCUCCCUGGUCCGCAGCGCUUGUCUCUUCUGGGUGAGCAAGCGCAUUCUCGUUGAAACUCAGCGGGACACAUUCCGCGUGUUGGAAGUGCUCCCCUCUGAAGAAGAGAACGAAGCGAUGGGUGUCUCCGAGACAGACAACGGCGAAGACGGAACCGCCGGUGCUGCGGCUGCUGCAGACGCAGCAGCAGCGGCGGCAGCCAAGGAGACGGCUGAUGCCGCUGCCAGCGAGAAAAUGAAACUGUAUUGGCAGUUCAUUGUUGGAAUGUUGACCAACCAGGGCGCUAUGCCUCUGCAGCGUAUCGUGAUGAUGUUGCAAAUCGCCGUCCCGGGAGGCUUCCCAUUCAGCAACGAGGAGCUACGGGAGUUUUUGGCCGGUAUGGUGACACAAAAAAAGCUGGAAAUAGUCAGCGGAGGGAACUACAAGAUUAUUCCGCAUUAA